GGUACCGGCGGGGGGGGGGGGGGGGGGCGUCCCCGGCUCCCGGAGCCUGCGCGGUUCCUCUGGGCACCGCUGGGCACGGUGGGGCCAUGGGCAGGCGGCGCUGAGCGCCAUGCAGCAAGCGGAGCCGGUGGCCGAGCCGGUGGCCGAGCCCAUGCCCGGUUACGGGCAGCUGCUGCGGCUCGGGUACGGCAGCCUGGCCGCCGCCGUGCGGAGCUGCGACGACUGCGGCUGGGAGCUGGCGAGGACGACGUGGGCCGAGAACGCGCACCUGGGCUGGGGCGAGGUGCUGCUCUGCGGGCUCGGCGCCCUCGGCUGGACCGCGCUGCGCCGCGCCGCCGCCCGCCGCCUCUUUCGGCCCUUCGGUGAGUGGUGCAACUUGCAGCCGAAAGAUGCUGCCAAGAUGCCUGAGAGUGCCUGGAAGCUGCUUUUCUACACGUUAUCCUGGUCGUAUGGCAUCUACCUGCUCUUCUUCACUGACUACCCCUUCUUCUAUGACCCUCCGUCUGUCUUUUAUGGCUGGAAGAAGGGCAUGGACGUGCCCACGGACAUCGCCAUCGCCUACCUGUUGCAGUGCAGCUUCUACGGGCACUCCAUCUAUGCCACUGUCUACAUGGACACGUGGCGCAAGGACUCGGUCGUCAUGCUCCUCCACCACGUCGUCACGCUGACCCUCAUCGCCUUCUCCUACGCUUUCAGGUACCACAACGUGGGCAUCCUGGUGCUCUUCCUGCACGACGUCAAUGACGUGCAGCUGGAGUUCACCAAGCUCAACGUCUACUUCAAGCACCGGGGGGGUGUCUACCAUCGCCUCAACGAUGUCAUCUCCAACGUCGGCUGCCUCACCUUCAGCGUCAGCUGGUUCUGGUUCCGCCUCUACUGGUUCCCCCUCAAGGUCCUCUACGCCACUUGCCACUCCAGCCUCCAGUCGGUGCCCAAUAUUCCCUUCUACUUCUUCUUCAACGCUCUGCUCCUUGUCCUCACCCUGAUGAACAUCUACUGGUUCCUGUACAUCGUCCUCUUUGUGGCCAAGGUGCUGAUGGGGCAGAUGCAAGAGGUGAACGACGUGCGCGAGUACGACGUGGAGGACAGCAAGAAAACCGCCGUGGCUAAGAAGAAAGAGGGUGGCCUCCAGCUGCCCAGCGCUCUGAAAGAAGGGAUGCACCUGAAGAACGGACUUGUAAAAGACAAGCGGUUGUAAGAGAAGCGUGGCUGCUGCAGCCUGGGCAGCCUGGCUGGAUCUGGGGACUGACCCAGGGCCCGACACUCAAACCCAGCAAAUGAAAGGCACAAGAAGAACUUCAUCCCCGAAACCCCUGCGUCCCCUGCCUGGAGCUGGGGAAGAGAUGCCACUGAUGGGAACAGGGCUUGCCUGUGACCGGGCUUCACCCGAUGCUGAUGUGCUUUCUGUAGCCAGUACGUGCUGGUUCAGUUGAGAGGCUGUGGCUUUGCUGGUCCAGGUAGGAUUUGGAGCUGGCUUUAGGUCCCCUGGUGUUUCCUCUGUCGCUCCAUCCCCCAGCUAUUCUCAGCCCCGCUGUGAUUUCCCAUCUUUAUUUUUGGUCCCUUCCAACGACCCUGCCUCAGCAGCGCUGCAGGGUCUUCGGACGUAGCAUCAAACUGGAGAGGGAAACAUCCUCUGCUCACUGGCACCACUGUCCCAGGCCAGGGGAGCCCAAAGCCAGCUCUGCUCCAGCUGCCAGCGGGCACUAAAGAGGGAUUUGCAGGGCACCUCUGAGCCUCGCUGACCAGGAGGGGUCCCUAACACAGAGCUGUCCGUGUUCACCUCGAGGCUGUAGCACGCAGCAGUUCCCAUGUGCAGGUCUGCCUGGAAACCCAGCCCUAGAGCAUAAUUCCAGCCUCCUGCCCUCCAGGACGAGGGCCAGGACAUCUAAAUUGCUUAAAACACCCCUGUAACUCUUACAGUUGCUUAAAAAGCCAGCCCUGGGCACAGCUCGCGCAGGGUCCCCUGAUGAGGGAUCUCCAGACUCUGGCCCAGCAAUGUCUGCCUGCUCGAGUGAAGAACAAAACCUCUCUGCUCCCUGCGGUGGUUUUCCAGGCAGCACCAGCCCCGAGCCUUGCAGGGUCCCCGAGGCCAGGCUGGGCCGCGUGCCUCUUUGCUGGGAAGCCGUCGGGGUUUUACUGCCCUCGGUCUGAGCCCGUCCCACUGCUCCCUUCUCGCAGGACCCGUCCCCGCAGCGCCCUGGGAAGCAGGGCUCCCCCCAGCCGGGGACAGUAGGCAGGGAAGGGGGAUUCAGGGCAUCGAUUCCAGGGUGGCUAAUUGUUGUUUCCUUCUGUUUGGUCUCGCAAUGUUGAUUCAACUCCAGGCCCAUUGUGUGAGGCUCAGGGAAAGUUCCUCAGCAAACAGAAAGCAAAAUGUGACUUUGGCUGGAUGGAAACUGUGCCACGCAGGGUCCAUCACCGUACUUGUAAUUACCCAGCAGUGUUUCGGAGGGCUGCGUCUCGGUGCUUUGGUUCUGUGGCUGGUUGGCAGGAAGGAGGGAAUGAAGGAAAUCGGAUUUCUUAGCAUCAGCUUGCCCAGGCUUCAAGGUUUGACCAAGUAACUCAUCGGGCAGCGUUUUGUGUGUGAGCUUGUGCCUGGGGGACCCUGCGUGGGGAGUGGGUGCUGAUCGGGGGAGUGGGUGCUGAGCACUGUGUGCGCCUGGGGUGUGUAGGUGCGUAAGGCAGGAGGGGAGAGUUUGAAGACGUGGUGUGCUGGAAGUUGUCAGCCUUUAGAGGGAAGCAUCAGACGCUGCGACUGAAAGGCUGAUUUGGAGGAGGCAGUGAGAGGAGACCCUGACCCGCGUCCCCACCUGGACCCGGGUGGGAUGGCCUCCAGAUCCGCCCUUCUCCCAGGGCUCUGGAGCGGUGCUCGACGUGCUGGCAGCUCUGUGUAGCCCUUUCCCAUCACCAGGGGCUUUGUCGUUGGGCCUCGGUGGUGGGGAGAUGUGGAAGGGGCUGGGAGCAGAGGGAGGAGGGCAGCUGCCCUCCCACCACGCAGCCUCAAAGGGUUAACAGGCCCCGGGGAGCCUGGAGGGCCCGCUCCCACCCUCUGCCCAAUCCUGGGAAUCCCUCUGUGCUAAUUGAGCACUAACGAGAUCAAAGGCUCCAAUCAGGCAAUCAACACCCCCCUGGCCCCUGCCUUCAGUGCCCCUGCCAGCGGGUCCCCAGCACAGCUCUUUGUCUGCGGGAGGAGAGCGGUGAUGGGGCCUCUCCCCGCGCCUGCCAGCUUCAGAGCUGGCCUCGCCUGGGCUCUGCUUAGCGUCAGUCUGGGGAUGGAUUUAAGUUUGCAGGAAAGUUUGCUGUUAAAAUCCUUGGGUUUGAGCACCAAGCCCAGCCCCAAAAUCCCCAUUCCUGUGCCGUCUGUGCUCUGGCGGAUCUUCCAGAAGAGAAAGACGCCUCCUGCAAACAAAGACCUGGCGGAUGGCUGUAGGGUGGAGGAAUUUAAUGUCCCGGGGAACAUCAUCCGUGUCUUCACUGACCAAGGUACAGAAAUGCUCUUGUUUGGGUCCUGCCUUUCGGAAACCCCUCUGCACUCUGGGCUGGGAAUGGCUGGGGGAGGACAGGGCAGUGGAUUUCUCUGAGGGAAAUCCCCGCUGUGGGAACUCUGCUCCCUGAGGAUGUUGUAGGUAAUUGGUUAUAGUCUGGAACUGAGGGGGUGAAGCUGUGUAAGGUUCUGUCCUGCGAGUCACCCAACGCAGUCGGAGGUGUGGGUUUGAUCUUCGGUGACCGGCUUGGCCUGUGGUGCUCGUGGUGGGGCCCUGCGUGCAGCGAUGAGAACUGGGGUCACGCGUGCACCCCGGGUGGAGGCUGGAUGGAUGCUCAGCCGUUUGGCUGUGUCCUGUCCCCCCUUCUCUUCCUUAUCCUCAUGCCUCCGGCUGACCGUGUGGCACAUCUGGCCACUUCAGCCCGUGGCUUCUCUGAGCCAUUCCCAGUUACAUGGGAACUGCUUGGUCGGGGUCCUCCAGGCCUCAAGACACCACCGAGCUCUUGUGAGUCCAGGUUUCCAGUGGAGAUCUAGGGCUGGCUGCAGCAGGCAGCUUUACCACUUCUGUCACUUUGCUGCUAUCUGCCCUUCUUCCCCCUGCGUCCCAAACAUCCAGCGCCCACAAGAACCCCCCUGUCCUGGGGGGAGAUAUUUACAGCUGAGGAAAAAUAAUGCCCUGAGGUGUUAAGUAGCUUUUAGAGGAGUGUUUGUGCCCUGUCUGCAAGGGUGCGGAGGCAGCAGGGAGGGACACAACCGCGCUGGUGUGGCUGUACCAUCUCGGGGCCAGGCUUUCCGCAGGCUGUGCCGUGGAGCUGAUAGCCCCCAGCACGGCAGCAUUGCCAUCCUGAUCCAGCAGCUGCGGGCAUUUGGCUGCCUGCCUCUGCUCAGACCUGUCUUCCUCUUGCUGUGCCGCCAGGAGCUUAAAUUGGAGCUCUGGGAGGCUGAUCCUGCUCAGCGAAACAGUGCUCAGCCACCGCCACCUCUAUUUCUCCUUCUUUGUCAGGCCACUUCAUUCAUAGCGGGCAGCCCCAGACGUUGCUGUGCCUGCAGAAGCGUCUGUACUUUAAUCUCUCCGUGCUGGAGGAGGGCGAGCGCUUGACAAUGGCUCAGCUGGAGAUCAAAUUCAGCCACAACUCCUACCACACGUCCAGCCGGGGGCAGGUUUUUGAGCUGAGGCUGUACCAAGCCCCCCAGCUGCCUCUGCGGGGGACGCCCUCCCACGAGCCCGGCCGCACGCUGCUGGUGGAGCAGUCCUUCGCCCGGCUGCACAAGUCUCUGCUCUUCAACCUGAGCGGGGUGGCGAAGGACUGGAGAACUCACAGUAGGAAUCUGGGCCUGAUCCUGGAGAUCUCGGUGAGCAGCGGAGGCGGAGCGUCAGCCGGGGCGAGCGGGGGGCCGCAGAGCCUCUGCGCCAGCAUCGACUCCUUCCUGGAUACCUCUCUCUUGGUGGUGAGCCUCAGCCAGCAGCAGUGCCGGGUCUCCAGGAGGAGGAGGAGUGCUUACAACAUCCCCGUCACGCCGAGCAACCUCUGCAAGCCCAGGCGGCUUUACAUCAGCUUCAGCGACGUCGGCUGGGAGAACUGGAUCAUCGCCCCGCAGGGCUACAUGGCCAACUACUGCCUCGGUGAGUGCCCCUUCCCCCUGACGGCCGAGCUCAACAGCACCAACCACGCCAUCCUCCAAACCAUGGUGCACUCGCUGGACCCCGAGGGGACGCCCCAGCCCUGCUGCGUCCCCGUCAGGCUGUCCCCGAUCUCCAUCCUCUAUUACGACAACAACGACAACGUGGUGCUGAGGCACUACGAGGACAUGGUGGUGGAUGAGUGUGGCUGCCGGUAGCGGAGGGGCUGCGUGGGUGCGCACCGUGGGGUCCCGGGUGAAACGUUGAAUGGUUGAUGGAAUAAACCCACGUGCGUUAAAUCCCCUCUGUGCUGGUGUUUAGGGAGUUUCCCUUGGGACGUGGGGUGUCAGAGCUCCCCUCUGCCCUGCCUCCUUCAGGUGCAGCCAGGGGGGAGGUCUGGCACGAAGGGAUUGUUUUGGGGUUGUGCUUUAGUGAGAGCUUGUGCUUGGCCAUGCAGCCAGAGCCAGCAGACGGUUAUGGGAUCAUGAUCAAGUCCCUGGGUGUCCCGUUGUUCAUUCUGCACAGGCGAUGGUGGCACCAGGUUGUGAAUCCCGGCCCCCUCUGUGCCUUGCAGAGCUGGCGUUGCCUCUGCUGCUCAGCCAGGGAGGGGCCUGCACGGCACAGCAGCAGCCAGGCUUGUGCUUUUCAGAUUUUUUGGCUAAAUGCUGCAGCUUUUGCGGUGUAAAAAAGAAA